AUGUCAAAAGAAAAAAUCAGCCUUUCAGACAUAAAAAGCCCACUGUAUCUUCAUCCGUCAGAUGGACCAAACAUUGUAUGCAUUGAAAAGCUCCAAGGCAUGACAAAUUACAGAACAUGGCAAAGAUCCAUGGAAAUCAGCCUAGCAGCCAAAAGGAAGCUCGGGUUUGUGACAGGAACAGUCGUAAGAGAUGGUGAAGAUGCAGUGAAACAAGAGCAGUGGGAUACCUGUGAUAGCCUUGUAAUCUCAUGGUUACAUGGGUCAAUGACUGAAGCUGUAAAAAGAUAUGUGUUGUACCUCAACACUUCCAGGGCUAUAUGGGUCCAACUGAAGGCCAGAUUUCAGGUUGCUCAUGGAGCAAGAAAAUACAAGCUCAGUAGAGAGCUGUAUGAUGUGAAGCACAAUGGAGCCACGGUGAAUGAAUACUAUACCAACAUGAAGGCACUCUGGGAAGAACUGGAGUCUCUCAACAGCUUGCCACCCAUCACAACUAUGACUACAGAAAUAAAUGAGUUUGUUGCAGCCUUGAACAAACAGCAGGAAGAACAACACCUCUUUCAGUUUCUCAUUGGGCUGGAUGAAGAGUAUGGAGCUCAAAGAAGCCAACUCCUCAUGAAGUCACCCCUGCCAUCUGUGGAAGAGGCUUGCUCUUCUGUGCAGCAAGAAGAAGCACAUAGAGAGAUUCUGAACAUCUCAAAGCUGAAUCUUAAGCCCUCAGCCAUGUUCAAUAAGACAACAAAUGAGAGUGGAUGCACUGAAUGUGGAGGAAAGGGACACUCAUCUGAAAAGUGUUGGUAUGUGGUGGGGCUUCCUAAAAAUCACCCUAAGCACAGGCAGCAGAUGAGAAGAGAAGGCAAGGAAGGUAUUGAACAGAACGCUGGAAACAGAUGGAACAGGUUCAAAGGGCAAGGAACUAGAAUGGCAGCCAAUGCUGAACUGUCAACCCAACAUGGUGAAAAGUUGCUUACCUUUUGA